UUAAGCAUAUAAAUAUAGAGCAAUAUGAUAAAAUUGGGAAUCUUAUGUUAUUCGUUUUUCCUUCUCCUAUUUGCAAUAUAUGAAAACAUGGUGGAAAUACAGUGCUAUCGUGUGAUGUCACAAAGCAUAUUCAAUUUAAUUUCACUGGCCAAAAAGUAAGGCUACAGCAAUUUUUGCAGCAAUAACACCUCAGUACCACUUAAUAAUAAUAAACUGUACAUAUGUGACACUUAAAAUUCUGACAGUUAACACGAGAGAAAUAAUUUGAAUAAAUUAAUAAUUGGUCCUAGAGAACAACAACAGAACAACUGUGUUGAAUAUUAUGAAAAGCACUGGUAAAAUUAGAAAUGGUUAUACUGGUAAAUUUGACACUGAAGAAGUUGCUAGUGAUAUGGUUUGCCUGAGAUGCUCAGAGUCCAGAUCUGAAAAGGCCUGAAAAAUUCACACUACUAUUGUCUGUGGCUCCAGUUAUCAUUCAUGUAGAAAUGUAGUGUAUUAAAUGUAGCGUAUUAGGUUUAAAUAACUAUAUGGAAGUGCUAAAUCUGUCUGUGUGAAUGAUUUAAAAACUCUACUCCCUUGCUGAGACAGACGUAAAAUAGAUGUGUGCACAGGACAGAUCAACACAAUAAAUGUACAGUGAUCUAUACGACAAAAUGAUACAUUUAGAGAGAGUGAGAGUGUCAGAGAGAGAUGCACAGCAAACAGCAUAGACUGUAAAAAUAAUGGACAUAGCCACCGUGAUGUCACACAUUGGUGUGUGGACUGCUGUUUUGAAGCCUCGAGUUUGGCAUUUUGGCUGUCGCCAUCUUGGAUUUUUGCAACCAGACAUGCAAAUAUCUGGAUAAGAGGGUGGAGCUGUGGAGGAGCAAGGGGUGGAUCCAUGCCAAACAAACAGACGCCGGGAAAACUUAGAGGACAGGAGCAAGGAGCGUGGAUUUCUUAUGAUCUCAAAGAGACUGGAGCCUCACGUGGCGAGUGAGGCCUCAUGGUCGGAGCAUGCCAUGUGCUAGAGCGGUGAGGCAGUGGGAGAUCAGGCCCACAUCUGCUCUGCGGGGGAUCAGACGCUCCAGGGCCCUGAUGUGGCAGAGGAUACGGGGACUGGUCCGGGCCUGCCGGCACGGUGUGGGAUACCCAGUGAACUACAAUGACCAGGCCCCAGAGGAACAGGAGAUGGUGUGCCUUGAGCCCAUGGGAUCAGAGCGGAUGGAGAUGCGAAAGAGGCAGAUGUCGGUGCAGCAGGAGUCGGCAGCGGGGGGAACUGCACCGGCCCAGCAGGGCCAGCCGGGCCAGGCCAACCCACGGGGCUCAAAUGCAUGUUGCUUCUGCUGGUGCUGCUGCUGUAGCUGUUCCUGGAAUGAAGACCGGGAUGAAAGGAACCGAAAGACUUCUUAUGAUGUCAAAGAAGGGACCUCAGACUGUGAAGACUGCCCUAAGCCCACGCUGGAGGAGGUGCGCUCAUGGGGCCAGUCGUUUGAUAAGCUAAUGUGUUGCCCAGCGGGGAGGAACUCCUUCCGACAGUUUCUUCGCACCGAGUUCAGCGAGGAGAACAUGCUCUUCUGGUUAGCCUGUGAGGAGUUCAGCAAAGACACCAAUAAGAGCACGGUAGAGGAGAGGGCUCGAGUCAUCUACGAGGACUACAUCUCCAUCCUCUCGCCUAAAGAGGUGAGCCUUGACUCCCGUGUGCGUGAGGCGAUCAACAGGAACAUGCAGGAACCCACCUUGCACACGUUCGACGACGCCCAGCUGCAGAUCUACACACUAAUGCAAAGAGACUCGUAUCCCCGCUACAUGAACUCCCCAGCCUACAAAAACCUGCUCAACACUCUGUCAGAGCAGUCCCCCGAAUCUUAGGGUGGUGAUGACCUGUGAUAUUUUAACUCUCUUUAUCCCCCCCUUCCUAUUCCCUUUUUUAAAUUUUUUCUUUAUAUGUUCAGUGUAGGAUUACAUGAAACCGGGCCUCGGGCCUGGCCCCUCCCAGGGAUCUCAGCGCUAUUGUGAUCUGCACCUGACUGAAGACACUCAGGUCUCAAAAAAAAAUCUCCCGAGGGCUCGACAUCACAAGUACUGCUACAGAUCAACAUAGCAAAACACUCCAAAGGAAUAUGAAUACAUUUUAUUUCUGUUUUCUUUCUUUUGAUAGAAAUAAUCUAUUUUAUUUGUGUUCAGAGUUUUUUAUGGUCCGUUGUUUUUUUGUAUGAUUGUUUGGGGGGAAAAUGAUUCCUACUGUAGACUAUAUAUAUUUAUGAGUUUGUAAAUAGUAAAAAUGGAAUUGUGGGUAUUUUAUGUAGAAACGCCUGAUUCUAUUUACUGCGUAUGAAAAUCAAAGCUCAAGUCAAAGGCUACGUGUUAGCUCUACUUGCAGGCAGCUUUGUGGGGUACUGUAUGAUUUAACCUUGGUUUCACCCUGUUUCGUUACCUAACCUCACACUUUGGUACCUGUGACAGCGACUUGGCAACUCCAGUUCGUGUAGAAACUGUGCGUGAUGGUUAUCAGUGAAGUGACAGAAAGUGAUGAUAGCUCUUGUCACGGUGUGCAAUUUGUUUCCGUAAGAAACUCAAAUCAAUGAUGAAAGGGUAUUUUACUUUCUUUACUGAACCACAGAUGAUUGCCUAUUUAAGACUGAUUUUUAUUUUAUUUUAUUUAAGUGUGACUCAAUGCACACCUCAUAGGUUUAAUAUAGUUUUACCAGUGUGACAAAAGAACCUAAGUAAUUCUAUUUACCAGAUAAAGUAUUUUUUUAUUUAUUGAUAUCUAUUGCCAAUACAGAAAAAACAAUAAGUACAAAUUAUAGUUAAGUCCUACGGUGGAUUAACUAUACUGUUUGGUCACUGUCAGAGACUGUCAGAAUUUGGGUUUAUUUUAUGGGUCAGUAAUUUCCUCAUAAUUUCUGAGAAUUUUUCAAAGUAAUUUGGCACUAAUUUUGUCAGGAAAUGAGAAUAUCCUUUGAAGAAUUGCCACAGUAAAAUCCAAGUAAUUAUUCAUGCAUGAUUGGAAACUUAAAGGUGUCUUAUGUAACUCUGGAGAAAGACAGUUGAUUAUUUUGUUUCAUUCCCAGAUGGUUAAAUACAGAUGAUUUGGGUUGGUAACAGUAUUUGACUCCCUGGGAAUUUGACUUCAAUCAAUUAUCUUUCAUACAGCACCUUUAAAGGAAUAGCAUGGCAUUCUGAGUAACAUGCCUAAUCACUUGCUAGAGUAAAGCCCAGCUCCGACCAAAGAUUCGCAACGAAACGAAACCGUUUUAGAACGUGGCAGAGUGCAGUUGCAGUUGUGUGAACUUGCCGUCUGAGCUGAUGGUGUCACCUGCAUCUUAGCUGGUAAAGUUGCCGGCAGCUGGUUUUAGAACAUAAGGCUUGUCGCCUGUUUCUACAGCCAACUGGCUUGUAGUGAAGUCUGCUAGUCAAGUCAAAAUGACUGCAGAUGGCGUGAUCGCUUGCUGCUCCAUCCCUGCUGAGCCUCUGUUUCUGUCCUUAUGUGUGCCAGUGUCGGAUGGUGGGUCGCUCAAAUCAAAAUGGUAGUACAGAGAGUUGUUGCAUAGAGAUGAUACACCUCAUCUAGUUGCAUUGGUGUGAACCAGCAGGUGUUGCAAGUAGUUGCAUGUUUAAAAUUGUCUUGUCGCGAAUCUUUGGUCUGAACUGGACAUAAGAUGGAUGGAGUUAUACCUUUCUCAUAUCUGUUUGCUAAAUCUAAAGCUUGGAUUCGCACAAAGACUGGAAACAGGGGAAACUGCUAGUCUGGCUCUGUCUGAAGGUGACAGAUUCCACCUAUCAGCAGCUCUGAAGCUCGAUAUUUAGCACGUCUUGUUUUUUUAAUCUUAGCUGUUUCCCUGUUUCUAGUCUUUAUGCUAAGCUAAGCUAAACGACUGCUGGUUGCAGCUUCAUACUUAUUGUACAGACAUGAAAGUGGAAUUCCAAUGAAAGCAAUUAGGCUCAUUUUCUAUUUAUUCAACUCGUGUGUUUGCCGGGAAACAAAUUGGACAUUUUUCUCAUGUUUAGCUGAGAGUUUUUUCAAAUUAAUCAAUUAGAAGUGCAUCAAUUGUCACUAGUUUACCAAUAAUUAGUACUUUAAUACAUAUUUUCAGGAAACUUCUUGGAAAUUAACAGGAAAUUACUUAUAAAUUACAGAUGGGUAAAAUAAAGCGUCAUCAAAAUUUGUGGGAUUUUUUUGACAGCAGGUGGAGUCAUCUGUGAUUUUCACCUAAAGGUCCAGUGUGUAGGCUUUAUGGGCAUCUAUCUGCAGAAAUGAUGUACAGUACUAAUAAUUGUUUCAAUUAAUUUAUGAUCACCUGAAAAUAAGAACCAGCAGGGUUAUUUGUUACCUUAAAAUGAGCCGUUAAUAUCUACAAAUGGAAGCAUAUCCUCUUCCACUGAGUCCACCACAUUGUACUACAGUAGCCCAGAACAGACAAACAAAACUGGCGGGAGAAGUUUCAGUUCUGCAACUUCACCGCUAUAUGAGAGUAAAUCCUACACACUAAACCUCUAAAAAAUCUCACCUGCAAUAUGAAAUUAACUUCUGAUUAAAAUUGACGCUGGGGUCCAGCCAGGUCAGCAGCAACACCAAAGCUACCAUGUAAACUGUGUUCAUAUGUUUAACGAAAGCGUUUCCAUUGACUAAAAUUGGAGUUGCCAAGUAUUAAAUACUUUUAUGUAUUCUGAUAGUUUUAGUUAAAUUACUUUGUUGCCUCACAAACGUCACUCAAAGACAAGAUCCUCACAUGGGGAAGUGCCUUGACAUUCAGUUUUAUGACAUCUUUCUCAUGGGCAACAGUUGUUUUCAGACUCUUGCUAUAUGGGUGGUUACUAGAGCAUGAGGCCAGUUUACUGGAAAUCGUCCCUCGCUUUGGCCAAAUUAUCGCAUGUGUUUUGUCUUGAUUCCUUAGUCGUGACUGCAUCGGUCCAUUUGGGUGGCGCUACCAAACAGUAUGGCGGAGGGUGAUGACAACACAUGUCUUUAUUUGCUGAAGACAAAGAUCAAUGGAUAGGGCUGUUUGAUCUGAACUUCUUGCCAACCUGUGUGCUUCACGGUGGCACUUCUACUUGUCUUAGAGUUAACUUUAACUUACUAUGUGCAAUUUGAGCUGAUGGAUACACCGCGCAGAUCAACCUCAAAACACAAUCUAAGCCAAUGGUUUGGAGUGAUGCCUAUAAAUGUUGUUUCUUCUUCUGUUUACUAUAUGAAAUGUGUUAUUUUGCGCUGAGUUUACUGAAGAAUACAUUUUUAAAAAAACAAAUAAUGUGAAUGUUUACAGUAUAUGGUUUAGUUUUUUUUUCUGCUACUCUCCAAGAAAAUAAUGAC